AUGGACUGCAUGCGGAUCGGUGGACGCAUCGUUCGUGUCGCGGAGGUCGUCCCGACUGAUGAAAUGCCCUUAAGUGUCAUUCGAACAACGGGAAAGACCUCGAUCACGCUAGAGACAGCGAAUGCACUUGUGUUUGCGGGUCUUGUAGAGGUUUUGUACGCACGCAACGUCUGGUUGGCAGCGCGUGCGGACAUUUGGACGACGAGAGGCAGCUGUUGUUUUUGCCGAGUCAAGUGUGUGAGUGUGUAUCUGCAGGAAUCAACGAUAUGUGGAGAUAAAGCGACCGAAUUUGAGGUUACGAAGACAUCACAAGAAAAAGUGGUGACGGCAUUGCAAAAAAGUGUUCACAAGCUUCAAUGGAAUGUGUCUAGUAGUGGCCACAAUACUGCAAUAGCAUUGACUCGGGACGAGUUGACAAACGUGCUGGUAGAAGUGGCUCAGAGGCUUGUCGACGCUUUUCAAGCCGUGCAAGUGCAGACUGUGCAGGCUUCUGCGUCACCACGAGCGAAGUUUGAGUACGAAUUGUUGCGGCAGUUCUCUGGUUUGGACGUCGUGGUGCUAAAGCAUUUGAGAUCGGGAGGCCAUUGUGUGCUAUUUGCAUUGCCACUGUUCGGAGAGAUUGCGCCAUGGGACUCGACAAAAGCUUUGAUGAAUGCCGAGGACGUUGAUUCUGUCUAUCUACCUGAGAGCUUCGAUGUCCCAAACGUGUGCGGUACGGCGGACGAACUGACGAUCUGUCUUGGGUACCCUUUGGAUGAUGACGAAACGACGGGGAUUCAUGACGACUUGUGGCCGCUUUUUGUGGAAUGGCCCGCUCGAAUGCUGCUGUCCAGUCAAGUGACGCAACUCCCGCCGUCGAGUGAGACGACGUCUUCCGUCGAGCUGGUUGAUUCGUGCAAAACGAUCGUGUUGCAGCAAUGGAGGAGACGGAAGAAUUUUAUCGGGGAACUUCGCUGUUAUGUUACGGUGUUAGAGUACGACGCUGUGGACUUCUCGCAAGUGUUUUUUGUGAUGCAGGAACAGUUGAAUGAGCAAGCACCACUGCGUAUCAUCGUCUUGCGUCUAAAGUUUACAGCAGCAUUCUUUGUAACGAAUUGCAUGAGUGACUUGCGAGUGACUUUGCUUGACGGUAAAGACGGAAUCGAUGCUGUUGCUAUAGUGCUUGCUGCGUCUCAUACCCCAAUCAGCCUUGAAUCCGUUGCGAGCUCCCAAGCAUGCGUCGCCGAAUUCCUUGGACAUACGCAAAAGGGGUUGCUUCGGCAUUUUUACGAGAAGUGA